UCAGUGGGGUAUAAAUGUGUGUGAGUAGAGCAUUACAGAGGCCAGUGCAGCGUUUCCUUCAGUCCUGCUGCUCACUUUCUGUUGAGGAUGAAAACACAGCAGCCCAUUGUAUAGUGCCCAGUUCCUCAAUCUGGACUUGUUCGUUAGGGUGGAACUACAGGUUUUUGCACUUUCAACAUCCUUUCCCUUCAUCCUGAGCUCGUUGUUUGGAUAUGGGGGAACAAAAUAAAGCAUUAACCCGUCCCAUUUUCCGCAGAGAUGUAAACUGGGAACCCUUCCCAAACUGGACGCAGCCGAGCCGAAUCUUUGCACAGGAUUUUGGCCUCCCUCCUUUCCUGGACCCCAGUGAUAUAGACUGGAUAGACUGGUCAAAGAAGAGGCUGGCUUCUUUCUCCUGGCCUGGGUAUGCACAAAAUCCCCUUCUGCCUCCAUUCAGCGGUCAGCACCCUGCAGCGGUGAACCCAAAGGGUCCAAAACAGGUGACAAGCGGGGUGACAGAGAUCCAGACAGGGCAGGACAGCUGGAAGAUUAACCUGGACGUCAAUCACUUCUCGCCAGAGGAGAUUACAAUCACAACGAAGGAGGGUUAUUUGCAAAUAUCAGGAAAUCAUGAAGAAAAGCAGGAUGAUCAUGGAUCUGUUUCAAGGUGCUUCACUCGGAAAUACAAGUUGCCACAGGGGGUGGACUUGCAGCACAUCACCUCUUCGCUGUCUGGUGAUGGAGUCCUGUCCAUAGAGGCCCCGGCCCCCGGGACAUCCGUCAGCAACCCAGCCAAUGAGAUUGUCAUACCUGUUCAGAUCAAACACAAGCAGGAGGGUGACAAGUGAAGUAAGCAAGAAUUGGAAACUACAAUGACAUGUAGCAGGAACUGUUGGGUGGAGCACAAAAGACACAACUUGCCCAUUAUUUACUUGAAUACCAACCGUGUUUUAUUGCUAUGGGAGACUGAUACUGUAAUGCAUUGUCACCAUACAAAUUAGAUGCAGACUCAUCAAUAUAACACAGAACCUACUCUGAAAACAAGGAGUUAUAUUUGCUUGUCAAUGCUUAUGGAAAGGAUUGGUGUGACCUUGUCUUCCUAACAACAUAGCAUCAAUUUUCUAAUAUCUUGAUUGAUUGAAAAAUAUUACCAGCUGAACUUUCGACUUUUAUAACAUAAGCAACUGUUGAGGUUAUUGCUGACAAUACUGGCCAAGAAUGGACAGUGGAAAUGGAGUAUUUAUAUCUAAACAGCUCGUGUGUAUAGUUCUGUGUAACAUGGCAAUAUAAUCAAUAAUAAAUGUAGUUAUUUGGUUUGCUUUGAACAAGAGAAACCAUGUAAAUGCUGCACUAUAGAUUAAUUGUGUGUUUGUUCUUUACAUUGUACAUUGAUGUAAUGAAUACCAUCCUAAUGAAACUGAUAUAUCAUCUUCCACAGAUGUAUUAAACAGCUUCUGUCAUAUAAAUAAAAACACAUGUACAUUU